AGACUUAACUCAUCCCUACUUUUGCGUUCCUUUCCACCAGCAUGCGUCAUUUUGUGUCAGUCUGCGAACAUUUUGAAAAAGAAGCGCUAUUUUCUCAUCACCGGCAGCUCGGUCCGCUCCCUCAUCCGCACUGCUGGGUGCAUCGAGGAAGAGGGGUGGAUGAGUGAGGGGGUAGAGAGUGCUUCCAGAGUCUGAGGAGGCUCCUUGACAGGCAUGGCUGAGGGCGGAGAAGGGGAGGAUGAGAUCCAGUUCCUGAGAACAGUAGGGAUUCUAUACGCCCUUUGUCUCACACACGGGAUAUCCCCAUCAAAGUGUGUGUGUUCUGCGCAUGCUCUGUUCGCAAGCAAUCUCGGUCUUUUGAGUAGCGAGACGUCUUGUAUGCGCCAGAACACCGGAAGUAAACAACAGGUUGGGAGCAACAUGGCGAGUCGCGGCACAGCACCACACUUUUGGAGUGACGAGGAAACCUGUCUUCAUCGGUCUGGUGAAAACAGGUGGAUGGCACAGUCAGAUGACAGUGUGAGCUCCUGGAGCUGUGAUCAGGUGGCUCGGUGGCUGCGGGAUGAGGGUUUUGGGGAGUACGUGGAGCAAAUGUGCACACAGCACCGCCUUGAUGGCCUCAGCCUGCUGGCUCUGACUGAGGCUGACCUACGCUGCCCCCCGCUGAGCAUCACUAUUCUGGGAGAUAUCAAAAGGCUGACCGUAGCCCUCCACCGACUCCAAAACCAAAACCAAUCCCAGCUGGAGGAGCUAGGCCUCUGGCUUUCUGACCCUCGUCCUGCUGGACUCUCGCCGUGCAGAUCAAGAUCUGAGUGGACUUUCGACAGAGCCGACAAGAGUCGAUACAACAGAAGUGAUUGCAAUGGGACGGAGCCGCGGCUGCGGAUCAAUCAUGGAUCUGGAUGUGUUCCUGGAGCGUCGUUGUGUCAAACCCACUCCAAUGGGAAGUGUCAUCAGCCUUUGGCUGGCCGCUUAGAUCCGGAGGUGUGGAAGACCAUCAUCAGCUCAUUAUACGUGUUUCUUGUGUUUGGAUUCACCUCUUUUGUUAUGGUCAUCGUCCACGAACGUGUCCCAGACAUGAGGACAUACCCACCGCUUCCUGAUAUAUUCUUAGACAGCGUACCCAGAAUCCCUUGGGCUUUCGCAAUGGCUGAGGCUUGUGGCCUUAUCCUAUGUUACAUGUUUUUGUUGAUCCUGCUUCUUCACAAACACAGGUCCAUCCUCUUCAGAAGGCUGUGUUCGUUGAUGGGAACAGUGUUUUUGCUUCGCUGCUGCACCAUGUUUGCUACCUCACUCUCCGUGCCUGGGCAGCACCUGAAAUGUGCCAGCAAGACUUAUGCGGACUCCUGGGGGAAAAUACAGAGAGCUUUGACGAUAUGGAGUGGCUUUGGAAUGACGCUGACAGGAGUCCAAACCUGUGGGGACUACAUGUUCAGUGGACACACUGUCGUCAUCACGAUGCUCAACUUCUUUGUGACUGAAUACACGCCUCGAAACUGGAAUCUGAUUCACACCAUCUCCUGGGUGCUGAACCUCUUUGGGAUAUUUUUCAUCCUGGCAGCGCAUGAGCACUACUCCAUCGACGUCUUCAUCGCCUUCUACAUCACCACCCGCCUCUUCCUCUACUACCACACUUUAGCCAACACUCGUGCCUACCAGCACAGCCGCAGGGCCCGCAUCUGGUUCCCCAUGUUCUCCUUCUUUGAGUGCAAUGUGAACGGACCUGUCCCUAACCAGUACCACUGGCCUUUCAACAAACCCGCCUUCAUGAAAACCCUAAUAGGAUGACAAAGACACGGCUGCAAUAGUCAAACAUAAAAAUGUUUUAAACUUAUUAAAUGCAUUUGUCUUCAUCUGUAUCAAGUAAAGGGUCUUUAUUUGUUUGCCUUCUGGUUAAAAUUAGCAGUUUGAUAAUGCCACAGCUCUUUUAAUAUAUGUGCACUCUACCAAAGAAAAAAUAAAGAUAAGUGUUGUUUUAAGUUUCCUAGAAAGGAAUAAGAUGUUUUCUUGUUGGUUAUGCCUUUAUUUGUGUAAUUAUAUAAUUCUUGGUUUUGAUUUUAAAACCAUUUACAGUCUCUUUUUUUUAAGUGUCGCAGAUGAGAUUUUUGAGGUUGCAGUUUACAGAUUUUUUCUUUUUCUCUCUCUCUCUCUUACUCCAGCAGCCAGCCAUCCAGCUACUGCUUCACGAAAAGCUUAGCAAACAAUUCAUCUUUGUUUUUAAUUCAAGCUAUUUUUUUAAAACAUAUCGGAAAUUAUUUUGUUUACUUCUUUUGAACAAACUUAUUGUUUACUUUGGAUGAUGGAUGAUCAAGAUGAUAUAUUUUUUACAUGAUUCGUUAAUUUUUGGCCUUAUUAUUAGUCGGUUUUGCGGGUUUUUCAGCUAGGAAGUUUACAAAUUGAAACAUUUUUGAUGUGUCUAAAUAGACAAGAGGAGCAUGUUGCCUUUAUUCCAAGUGAACCACUCCAUCAAAAGAGUUGUGCCUUGAAAAUGCAAAUCCAGCUUAAUCCAUACACCUGUUCUGCGCCUUAAAAAUAAAUAUCUGACACAUUAUUAUCAUUAAAGAUCUGCAGGGCUGUUCACCUUCAUAUUAACCACCAGUGGUGAAUUUUCUCACACAAGUCUUUGAGGUUAUGUAUUUGGUGUAAUUGUUAACAUGAAUUUUUAAUAAAGUUGUUCUUUUUGUA